AUGGCGAUGCUGAUUCCGAUCCCGGCCUUUGCACCGGUUGACAAACCCCCUCCUGUAGAUUGCGCGUCUGAGGGCAACGCAUCUGCGGAUUGCGUCGCGACGCUGCCACCGGUUGCGGUGACGGUUGUGGUAGCAGUCACGUUGCUUGGAGAAGAAGCUGGCGUCGUCGUCGUCGUCGCCGCCGCCGCGGCACCUGUGGAGGUCGUGGAAGUGGACGAGGGGAGAGGACUGUUCGUCGACACGAUUGCUCCCAAGCCGUUCAGAACUAUCCCGCGGUUCUCGGAACAGCAUGGCGGGUCGUUGUCGCAGCAGAAACUGCCGUCUGUGCAUUCAACGGCCCGAGGUAAGAAGCCUGUUCCUGGAUCUAUGGGGUUUUUCGCCGUCUUCAUGUCAGUUCUCCGUACGAGGCAGGAGCAUACGAUAGGCAUUGAUGGCGGUAACGGCGACGUAUUUGGGGCGUCGGAAGCCUUGAAAGGGGUCAUUCAAUUUUAUGAAAAAAAAGGAAACAUACCGUAUUGGCAGAUGUUGGAACAAUCUGUCCAAGGGAACGACGAACACGCUGGAAUGAUGUGUUGUCCGGCGGAUAUGCAGAAGCGGUUGGGAUCGCAGAGGUCCGCGGUCUCGCAGCAGAUUCGGGAGCCAGAACACUGUGUGUUGUUAGGGUAG